AUGGAGCGGGCUCAAUUCGGUGGAACGUCAAAUGUCAUGAAUAACGAAGUCUCUUAUGGAAAUAUGGGGAGGUUAAGUGGGGCAACAAUUGAAGAGGAUGAAAUAAGCAAUGACUCGGAUAAUCCAGUUGAUAACAUGCAAUUUGUUACCCAAGAUGUCGAAGAUAAUCCGGAAUGGCCUGAUGAGGCUUACGUUAAUAAUGACUACGUUGAGUAUGAAGAACCACCCCCCGACGAGUUUGAAGAUGAUGAGUGGAUUCGUUCUUCCACAGUAAAAGAUAUGUGCAUCGGUGAAAGUUCAACUCGUAGAGGAGAUGAUGACGCCCCCUUUAAAGUUGGUGAUUUAUUCGAGACUAAAGACCAAUUGGUUGAUGCUAUUCGUGAAUACUCUUUCGAAAAGAAUUUCAAGUUCAAGCAAAUUAAAAGCAAUCGCACAAGUUAUGAUGCAAUAUGUUUUAUGAACACACAAAGAACAGGUCUGACCGAGGGAAAUGAAGCUGAUUACUCAUGUCCUUGGAAGUUAUAUGCAUUUGCAGGAAAGAAACACAAUUUUCAAUUUAGGAUCAGUGAAUACUGCGGUGUUCACACAUGUGUCAAUCCAAUAUUAGAGCAAGAUCACAGUGGUGCAUCUGCCUCUUACAUAGCGCGGUUGAUUAUGCCAAAAUUAAGGAAGAAGCUUGAUCUAACGCCCGAUAAUAUAAUUGAGAAAGUGCUUGAUACCAAGUUCAUUAAAAUCUCGUAUAUUAAAGCAUGGAAUGCAAGAAGAAUUGCGAUGACAAAAAUAUUUGGUGAUUGGGACAAGUCUUACGCGACACUAGCUCAAUAUCUUGAUGCGAUCAAAAGAAGUAAUCCUGGAUCUGAAUACAAACUCAUAACCAAAGAGAUCGAUCCGGGAGUUCAUCAAUUCACCUCCGUUUUUUGGGUAUUUGGGCCUUCUAUUGAGGGGUUUAAAUUUUGUCGGCCUAUUCUUAGCAUUGAUGGCACACACUUAUACGGUAAAUACAAGGUUAUGGAGGCGGGUCCAUUGACACGUGAUGUUCUUUAUGACCAAGAGUGCCACCGAUCCGCGAAGAUAGCCGCUGGGGAGGCCCCGAGUAUUACUAUUGUCGAUCAUACCCGUGCACAUUCUAGCUGGGAGUUGACGGAUCCACAGAUACAAUAUUAUGUGCGUCAAGCCGGCUUUUUUGAGUGUUCACAAAUUAAAUGGGUAAGACUUGAUUGGGCACUUUUGACGGCAUUGGUUGAACGAUGGAGGCCCGAGACAAAUACUUUCCAUCUGCGCCAAGGAGAGGCGACGAUUACCUUACAGGAUGUUGGGGUUAUACUUGGCCUCAGAGUAGAUGGUGAUGCAGUGACGGGCACCGAUGACUUCCACUAUGGCACUACGUGUGAAGAAUUGUUGGGUCACUGUCCUACAAUGAAGGGGGGAAAGAUCAAACUCGAAUGGUUAAGGAAUAACUUUCAGAAUGUACCGAUCGAUGCGACUGAUGAGAUCAUUAAGCGCUAUGCCCGUGCAUAUAUUUUACAUAUGAUCGGUACUAUUCUGUUUCCGGAUUCCACUAAGGAUUCCGUGCACGUGAGAUGGUUACCGCUUCUUGGGGACCUAGAAGAGUGUGGAGAGUUAUCUUGGGGGAGUGCAGUGUUAGCCUACUUGUAUAGAGAGAUGACGAAAAUAGCACUCGUACAAAAUAAAGAAUUGAAGGGCUGCCUCACUUUGCUGCAGAUAUGGUCAUGGGAGCGAUUGCAUAUGGGAACACCUGAUUUGAGGGAGGCCCGCGCUCUCGAUGGCCAUAUUCCGUUAGGCUGCAGAUGGAAUGUGUCCAGAUCUUGGCAAACCUCUCCAAAGGGGCAUGAAAACUUUUACAGAAAUGAGCUUGAUCAGAUGGAGGAUGAACAGGUCAAAUGGAUACCCUACGAGCUAGUGUGA